AUGGAGAUGGAAAACUACACCAGGGUCAAAGAGCUUAUUUUCCUUGGCCUGACCCAGAGUCAAGAAGUUAGUGUGCUGCUGUUCCUUUUCCUUCUCCUGGUGUAUGUGACAACUCUGCUGGGGAACCUUCUCAUCAUGGUCACCGUGACCUGUGAGUCUCGCCUUCACACCCCCAUGUACUUCCUGCUCAGGAAUUUGUCUGUUGCUGACAUCUGCUUUUCCUCCAUCACUGCCCCCAAGGUGCUGGUGGACCUUCUCUCACACAGAAAGGCCAUCUCCUUCAAUGGCUGUCUCACUCAGAUGUUCUUCUUCCACCUUAUCGGGGGAGUGGAUGUGUUUUCUCUGUCAGUGAUGGCUCUAGACCGAUACGUGGCCAUCUCUAAGCCCCUGCAUUAUGUGACCAUCAUGAGCAGAGGCCGUUGUGUUGGGUUAAUAGUGGCCUCCUGGGUGGGAGGCUUCAUCCACUCCAUCACGCAGAUCUCUCUAUUGCUGACGCUUCCAUUCUGUGGACCCAAUGUUCUUGACACUUUCUACUGUGAUGUCCCCCAGGUCAUCAAACUGGCCUGUACAGACAUCUUCAUAUUUGAGCUGCUGAUGAUUUCCAAUAAUGGGAUGCUGACCACACUGUGGUUUUUCUUGCUCCUGGUGUCCUACAUGGUCAUAUUAUUAUUGCUUAGGUCUCAUUCAGGAGAGGGCAGGAGGAAAGCCAUCUCCACCUGCACCUCCCACAUCACUGUAAUCACCCUGCACUUUGUGCCCUGCAUCUAUGUCUAUGCCCGGCCCUUCACUGCCCUCCCCACAGAUAAAGCCAUCGGUGUCACCUUCACAGUCAUCUCCCCUCUGCUCAACCCCUUGAUCUACACUCUGAGGAACCAGGAGAUGAAGUCAGCCAUGAAGAGACUCAGGAAAAGACUUGGACCUUCUGAUGGAGCAGAGAAGUAA